AUGCAACCCAAAAAGCAAGAUUGGCUCCUGAGACGUGAUUUCGAUAGAGGCGGUAGCGGUCAGGUUACGGUUUCGCGAAUGGGUUUCAUGAUCAUCGGUUGCGAUGAAACUUUCGCCUUGGCCUUCUUCGGCCAAUUUUUUGGUUUGUUCGUGGACACUGGUUACGGUACUGUACUCGUUUUCUUCGUCUUCAUCGUGUGCUGGUAUGCUACUGCUCGCAGAGCCCGACGACCAGACGGACCAACCCCAGCUUGGUUUAUCGGGAACGUCUUACAAAUCCCUUCCAAUAAUCCGGAGCAUAAAUUUACAGAAUGGGCACGUACCUACGGCGAUGUCAUUUAUCUAAAGGUUUUUAGCCAGUCUCUGAUCGUCCUAAACAGCCGUGAGGCUGCCCGAGAGUUACUGGAGCAACGUGGCGCUAUGUAUUCCGAUCGCCCGCGUUUUGUACUAUUCUCCGAAAUGAUGGGAUGGCAAAACGCGUCUACGCACGUCAGAUAUGGGGCCCGAUUCCGAAAACAUAGGCGCUUCAUGAAUCAAACGUUCAACCAACAGGCUGUCGCGGACCUUCAACCUAUACAGAUAAAGGAGGCUCUAACUUUGAUGGAAGGACUGACUGCGACUCCUGAGUUAUUUAUUGACCAUAUUAGACGAUACGCCGGUGCCACAAUCCUGAAAAUCGCCUACGGAGCGGACGUUAAGUCAAGUGAUGACCUCUAUAUCAAGCUAGCCGAAAGAGCAGCCACAAUGACUGUACGGUCGGGUACACCCGCCGCUACACUCGUUGAUUACUUCCCGGUAAUGAGAUACAUUCCCACAUGGGCACCAUUUUCCCGUUUCAAACGCGAUGCGCUUCAAGUAAAAGCUGCCGUUGACCAAAUGAUGUCACUUCCCUAUGAACGGGUCAAGGAAGAGAUGAGCAUGGGCACCGCAGCAUCGUCGUUGACCUCCCGACUGAUAGAGGCACAUCUCAACACAGGAAGUAUCACGCACGAGGACGAGGAAGACAUCAAGGGCGUUGCAGGGACAUUAUACGCUGCUGCGGAAGAUACCUCUGUUUGUGUGAUCACCUCAUUCAUCCUGGCCAUGGUCCUGUACCCCGAAGUAUUUGUCAAGGCACAGGAUGAAAUGGAUGAUGUCGUAGGCAGGGCACGAUUGCCGGACCUGAAUGACAGAGAAGCCCUGCCGUAUCUCGAUGCUGUCAUCAAAGAGGUGUACAGAUGGAAUCCUCCGGUACCUUUGGGGAUACCUCAUCGAGUGAUGGGCGACGACAUUUACAGGGACCGCUUCAUUCCCAAGGGCAGCACCGUUCUGGCAAACGCCUAUGCGAUCCUGAAGAAUUGCCCUGAUCCGGAUACCUUCCUUCCUGAGCGGUUUGAGGAUCCAGAGGUCUUGAACCCCCGGGACGUAAUAUUUGGAUUUGGGAGAAGGAAGUGCCCUGGAAGGUAUUUCGCUGAUGCAGGAGUGUGGCUGGUGCUUUCCAUGAUCAUCUCAGGGUUUGAUAUAUCAAAGGCCAAGGAUUCUGAAGGGAACGUGAUUACACCUGUUGCCGAAUUCGAGUCGGCUUUUGUCCGACACCCAAAGAAAUUCAAGUGUUGCAUCCGACCCCGAAAGUAAAAAUGGCUUCGGUCCCG